AGUGCGCCGCUCCAGCCUCUCGGUUCAGUUGGUGUUGGAGUCGCCUACAGGAGAGGAGAGACCUACCGAGCGGCAUGGCAGCCUGAAACCAGAGGGAGGAGAAAAGGAGGAGGGAGAAAAGCCAGAUUUUUCCUCUCGAGUGCAUUUUUCUCUCCGUAAACCGACUCGAACCUGAACGGACUGUAUGUGGACGCGCCGCGGUGUGGAUUAUACGAGCUUUUUGUGGAUAAAAGAAGAGAAAUAAACCGGAGUUUAAUUUGAGGGAGAGAACUCGUGGAUCGAUGAGAGAAGACGGGCAGCUAGAGAGAAGCUCCCCCGCUGACAUAAGAGAGUGAGGAGAUUACAGUAGAAGCUCGGAGGAGGCGGACAGCACACGGGCUCUCUCCUGCUGCCUUCAGAGCCAUGAGCCGGGCGCUUAUGGACCAGAUCGCCAGUAGUUUCCGCGAAGAUGCUCCUCGACCCCCGGUGCCUGGGGAGGAGGGCGAGGCGCCCUGCUGCCCCGGCAAACUCGCGAUGAUGAAGCCCCUGGAGCCCCUCAAAUCCGUCCUGCUCGGCUCGCCGGGCUCAUCGGCCAGGAGGAACGAGGAUGGCCUGGGGGAGCCGGAGGGGAGCGCGUCCCCGGAUUCCCCGCUGUCCCGGUGGACCAAGUCUUUACACUCUCUCCUCGGGGACCAGGACGGUGCUCUUCUUUUCAGGACAUUCCUGGAGCGGGAGAAAUGUGUCGACACUUUAGACUUUUGGUUCGCCUGCAACGGAUUCAGACAAAUGGACCUCAAGGAUACCAAAACGCAGAGAGUUGCCAAAGCAAUUUACAAGCGCUACAUAGAAAACAACAGCAUCGUCGCCAAACAGCUGAAGCCCGCCACUAAAACAUUCAUCCGGGAUAAUAUCAAGAGGCAGCACAUCGACUCUGCCAUGUUCGACCAGGCGCAGACUGAGAUCCAGACCAACAUGGAGGAGAGCGCCUACCAGAUGUUCCUGACCUCCGACAUUUACCUCGAGUACGUGAGGACCGGGGGAGAAAACCCGAGUCACGUCAACUCCAACGGGCUGGCCGACUUGCAAGUUGUUUGUGGAUACCUGCCCACGCUUAAUGAAGAGGAGGAGUGGAGCUGUGAUUUCAAAGCCAAAGCACUGGUUGGACUGUCGGCCAAGGGACAGAGGGCCCCGGUGUCCUUGAGGGCGGUGGAGGUGAUGGAGAGAGGAUACAGAUCGUACAAGAGGGCAGAUUCACUCAACCCCUGCCAUGUGGGAUCUUUUGCCCCUGUCAGCAGCACCAAUGACAGCGAGGUUUCCAGUGACGCCUUGACCGACGAUGCCAUGUCGGUGACUGACAGCAGUGUAGAUGGCGUCCCUCCAUAUAAACUGGGCUCCAAGAAACAGCUACAGAGAGAGAUGCAACGUAACAUGAGAUUGAACAGCCAAGUCUCUCUGCCUGCGUUCCCUCGCACUCGUCGGCCUCCGAAAGAGAUGGUCCCGAUGGAGCCAGCACAGUUUGCAGCCCAGCUUAUUUCCCGUCUGGAGAGCCUGAAGAGGGACCAGGACACCAUCAGUUCUCUGGAAGAGAGGCUGCAGCAGAUCCAGGAGGAGGAGGAAAGAGAUGACACAGAAAUCCUGGGAAGCACUUCUCAGCUUUCCCCCCAUCCCUUGACUCUCCUCCCCGGCUCCUCUGACGAGGACCCCCAGGCCAUCCUGGAUGAACACCUUUCCCGGGUCCUCAAGACCCCCGGCUGUCAGUCCCCUGCCGUGAUCCGGCAUUCCCCUCGCUCCAGCUCCCCGGAGCAUCGGCCCUACACAAAUGCAAGCUUCGGCAUCAAGACUCUGUUGAGGACCGGACCCUCCGCCGCCUCCGCGCCUGGUUCUGACCCGGCAGCGUUCAGCGUGGCCCUGGGCCCCAACAGGACCCUCGUGAGCAGGCAGAGCACCAAACACAUCCACCACCACUACAUCCACCAUCACGCCAGUCCCAAGUCAAAGGAGCAGAUUGAAAGGGAGGCGGCCCUCCGGGUGCACGGCGUGUGCUCCGGCAGCGGCGAGUGUCCGCCCUGCCAGCCUUACCAGCGCAGCCGCAGCCUGGGCAGAGAGAUGUGUGGCGCCGUCUCCACCGACAGCAGCAUGGGACGCUCCAACUCGUUGUCGAGGCGCGCAUGUCGCUCAGGAGCUGAGGAUGGGGUCGCAGAGGACUGUGGACCCCUCCAGCUGCCCAGCGACACCACAGAUCCCACCCAGAACGUGCUGCAGUGGAUCCUGGAGAGCAAGCGACAGGGCAGGCACAAGUCUCACAGUACCCAGAGCACCAAAAAGUCUUUUGGAGGCACCUCAACGCAGACGCACACAUGGGGCGGCGGUGGAAGCUGUGGGCACCUGCGGAGCCAUCAGCCAGCUCAGCCAUUUAUCCAAGACCCUGCGAUGCCGCCCCUGCCCCCUCCCAACACGCUGGCCCAGCUGGAGGAGGCCUGCCGCAGACUUGAGGAGGUUUCUACCAAGACCAUCAAACAGAGGCAUUCAGUGAACAGCCUUCAGCGAGAGAAGACCCACCUAGUGCCUGUCCAGGGUGAGGGCUCCGUCCCUCUUUCUCUUGUCCCUCCCAGUCCUGCUGGCCUCCUCAUCACCAGCCCCGCUCUCCAAUCAGAAGAGUCUAAGAAGGUUUUAACCAGCCACGCUUUGUGCAGCGGGGAGACUGUGGUGACUUAUUUCUUCUGUGGCGAGGAGAUUCCUUACCGGAGGAUGAUGAAGAGUCACAGUCUCACCUUGGGCCACUUUAAGGAGCAACUCCGCAAGAAAGGCAACUACAGGUACUACUUCAAGAAGGCCAGCGACGAGUUCGAGUGCGGCGCCGUGUUCGAGGAGGUGUCGGACGACGGCUCCCUGCUCCCCACCUACGAGGGCAAGAUCCUGGGCAAGGUGGAGAGGAUGGACUGAGCCGGCGUUCCGGAAUGUUCUCCCGAUGCCUCGCCACCCGUGGGAUGUCCGGUUCACACACACACAAUGCGACGACCACGCCGGCGACGUUGAAGACAUGCCGAGGGUCGGGAUGAAAAAGAGGAAGAGGGAACAAAAAGCAGGACGAGAUGUCGACAUUACUGGACUAUGAAGUGAAGAAAUUCUGGACUGUGUUGCUGGACUGAAACAUUUCCAGAAGAGAAAUCUCCUGAGACUCUUGGUGAAAGACCACUCGUCAGUGAAGCGGUUCCAGCAGGUUGAAUCUGGACUGAGAGCCUGCCUGUGCUGCUAGCACAUCAAUAAUAUGUAUAUGCAGAUAUACAUGUACAUUGCAUUGUAUUGUGAUGCUUGUAUUGCUGUGUAAAGAUUUUUCUCGCUAUUUAUUGGAAAAACGUCCCUCUCCCAAAUCGUAUUAUUCCUCCAUGGACAAGCUGCUUGGAGAAACUUCUCCAAUAUCCCACCUUGGUGAUUUCUCCCUACUGAGCGUCGGUUCUCAAGCGAAGGAACUAGUUUUCAUUCCUCUUCAGCCCGUCAUGUAGAACUGUAAACUUCAGAAAUACCUCUUCAAAAACCUCCACCGCUACUCCAGGAGAUUUAGUGGGACAUCUCUGAUCUCCCGGCCGGAGAGCUUACUGCUGAAGCUGUUGAGAAUGGCUCUCUAUCACUUAAAAGUUUGAUAACAUAUUUACUACUGCAGUGCUAUUUGUGGACGUGUCCCCAUCUGCUCCGAAGAGCUCUUGGUCUGCUUUGAGAAUCGAACGAAAAAUGCUAUUAAUGUUUAAUUCCCGACUCUGGGACUCUGCCCGGCUAGCCUUGAUCUGUCACGUCUUAGUGCCUUUUGUUUCCGUGGCGCGCGCAUCGCACAAAUAGCCUACAUAUUUACUAAAGAGGAAACUGCCCUGAAACAGGUCCUCCAAGUCCCCGAAAUGUGUUUACACCUAUGUUAAUAUUUACCAACAAAAAGCUCUAUAGUGUGCUCCCCAAUGUGCUUACCUGUGUGUGUGUGUGUGUGUGUGUGUGUGUGUGUGUGUGUGUGUGUGUGUGUGUGUGUGUGUGUGUGUGUGUGUGUGUGUGUGUGUGUGUGUGUGUGUGUGUGUGUGUGUGUGUGUGUGGUGUGUGUGUGUGUGUGUGUGUGUGUGUGUGUGUGUGUGUGUGUGUGUGUGUGUGUGUGUGUGUGAGAGAGAGAGAAUAGUUUUACGGUGUGUUUGAAACCUGCACAAGGAGCUGCAGGUGAUGAUGAUGAUGAUGAUGGUGAUAACACACUAUGUUCAUAGUGUUUGAAUCGAGUACAGUAACUGUGCCUACAUGGGUUCUAGCCAUGUCCCACCCAGUUUUCAGGGUCUUAUUAAUCCCUUGGUUUUCACAAGGGGCCUUAUGUUUAAAAGAUAUUUUUAUGCCUUUUAGUAUCCGUUUCAUCAUGUUUAUGUUUUAUGAUAUUUUUCAUGGCUUCCUCGGCUCCACUUGUAAACUGUAAAUUAUGCGUUCUAUAGAGCUCAGUCGAAAA